AUGGCUCAGCCGGUAUUCCAAUUCCCAUAUGGUGCUCCAGGUCAACAAAAACUACGUCUGGAAGAAGGUUUUCACGGGACAUUUGCAGCUCGUAAAGCAUUCAUCGACAUUACUUUUGAAAACAACAUCCCUAGCACAAAAUCACAUGUGAUGCACGUCACCUUCAUGAAGAAUGCGAAUGUCAAGCAACGCGGAGUGCUCGAGCUUUACGACCGGCGUUACCCUGGACGCAUUCGUCAAGCUAAUGGCACAGCCGCAGCCACAGCUCCUUCGGUUGCAGAAGAUGCUGCGUAUCGGACACUCGUGCGUCAAGGAAAAAUGGAUGCUUUUUCGUUAGCCCUGAAACGCAUCUACAAAAUCGAUCCCAAGACCUGCGCGAGCGACUUUCUUCACAGCCACAGGUUUGGCGGUGCCAGUUUUGACGGUGCCGAGUUUGAUAGCAUGGCAAGAUUUGAAGCUGCUACUUGGUACGAGUGUGACCAGCACUUCAAGACCGAAUUAAAGGCGUAUAAAAAGCUGAAACGACUUCAAGGCACCAGAAUACCACGCCUCUAUGCACAUGUGCGAAUUUCACAUGGUGACGUUCCCCAAGCUGCUCGAGACGACGCACCAUGGGACCAAUUUCUUUGUGUUCAUGGUCUUCUACUAGAAGACAUUCCUGGCCCCACACUCGAAGACUGGCCUACACCUGACAUGGCGCCAAACAUGUUAAAGAUAGUAGCACAAUGCGCUGCCGAAACGAUAUAG